CAAGCAGCAAGACCACACACAACCGGCGAAGCAGAUGAAACAGACAGAUUUUGUUCGUUAAUUUUUAAAAUUACAAAUUAAAAUUUCUCCCGGAUUGUGGAGUACUGUUUUUUGAAGUUUCGAAUACAGUAAAGCCACUUCCUCCACCCAAAAUAUUUAAUUGAGCAAUAGUAGUUAUUAUCUUGCUUCAUCAUGGUUUACCCGUCCCCCUUCUCAAUCCUGGAGAAUAGCAAUACCUCCUCCCUCCAGUAUUUGGUAGAUAGCAGCGAAGAAGACGAGGACGGAUUUUUGGAUACGUCUUCACUCAGGGGGAUAAGUCUUAGCGGAAGUGAAAUUGGCGUUGGAAAUAGUGGUCCAAUAAUUGGUACAAGUGCAACUACUAUUACUCCUCCCCUACCAAUGCCACAAACUGUCACUUGGAAACAACCCGACCUGGUGGGCCCCGUCUUUAUGCGACAACGCCAUAGAGCCUCGAGUGUCAUGUCGCCAUCUUCAUCAUCCUCGCUAUCCCCACCAGCCCCACCACUGUCCGUUCACAAUUUCACUUACCCCCUUGGCCCUGGCCCUCCUCAACCCGAGAGGAGUAUCCUUGCUACUCUUACCAUCGAUCAAGACAUUACGAAACAAUUUUCUUCUUUGUUCACUACUUCCUCAUGGGAAACGCUCUUCCCCGUCGACGACGUGAGUAAGCAUUAUAGGGACUUGGUCCUUGAAAAAUUAAGGGGUAAGCUUUCUCGCGGGGAGUACUUGGCAGAUCCUAGAGUUCACGAUGUCCUCCUUUUGAUCCGGUACCAACCAACCAAGCUCAUGUGUGAAAUUAUCGUUGUCAUACUUCUCGCCAUGAUCAAUUCUGAUAUGAAAAUGGUACUAGACGCGAUAGAUAGACUCAAAAAGUGGCUUUGUAAUCCCCAAAUCUGCCAAAAAGACGGCCAGAAUACCUUGUAUCUGCAUGUCGCAUACAUCAUCCACGCCUUGGAGGUAGAGCUGCUGACGGGAGGUGGAAAGGAUCGAGAAGGAAAGAAACCUGCACUGGCCAAGGUGGGUUUCGAUGAGAGAAAGAAUUGGGGGAUGGCAUUGAGAAACAAAAUGUCCCUUCUCAUCUGGAAAGUGGAACACCUCUUGAGGCCGAGGAAGGAUUGGGAGGAUGAAGUGGCGUAUCCACCCGCCGAGGAAUUUGGCGAUGUCGAAUGGCUCCUCGAGCUGACUCAGUUGCUUCGUGAAAAGAGGAUUAAUGGUCCUUUUCCAAACGUAGUAUCGAAAAUGGAGAAAGAUUAUAUCAACCAAGCGGUCAGGUUGGAGCCGAGAAACCCUUUCGUAAAGUUGGGAUUGUUGCAGAUGAUUUCGGACAAAAAGAAGGGACAAUCAGCAUCUCUGAGUCCUGAGUUUGAUAAGAGUUGCAGAAAUUUGAUCAAUCGUUUUUCAUGCUCGUGCGUACUUCGAAUACAAAUUGCAAAAUUCUACAUUGGAAGGGGAAGAAAUCGUGAAACAGCGAUGGAGUACGUGCGCUAUGCCAUUAAGUGCAACCCAAAUCAUCCUGAGGCUAAUUUACUCGCUGCUAAAUAUCUCACCGGUUGUAGAGAUGACUCGAAGGCCCGGCUCAAUUUUAAGACGCGUGAAACCUACUAUCGCACGGCAAUGAUUUCGGAUCCGACUAACUAUAUCGCUACGAUUGAAUAUUUCUGCAAUGCGCUUGGGUCGAGAAAAGCUAUCACAGAAACGAUGGCACUACAAUCUCUUUUUGAAGACCCAUCAUCGGCAGGUGGAGGAGCAGAAGGAGAUGGGGUCGCUCUUACAACUUCCCUUCCUGAAUCCACAGCCACACCCACAAUCCCCGAAAACCUUACAAGAGGAGGACACGUUUAUUCAACCGGCCUGGGUGCAUUGAUUGCAAGUUAUAGGAACCGAUGUACAGGGGUGUUGGAUGAUAUCUUAUCUGCAUCAUACUUUCCUGCUUGGCCAGAUGAAGCAAAAUCAAAAAUACAAUUUUUGCAAGUGCUCAAUUUCUAUGCUUCGGAGGAAUUUGGAGAAGCCUUGGAAAAUUUGCUUCAUAUUUAUAAGAAGAAUUUUGUCACUUCCAUGAUCCAUAGUUUGGACGACUACUGUCACAAAUACAAGUGGGAUACGAAACUGAACUUUGCAACAUUUAAGCGUUGGCUGAUCCAAGAAUAUGACGACAUUCUUGAGAUGGAGCGUGAAGACAAAAUUGAACUUCAACAAAGUCAAGCUGAAGUGAACGCUUCGGAGGAAGAUAAUGAUGCAGACGCCAAGAACGAGCCUGAACUAUCUGAAGAUUAUGAAGAUAUUAACGACAACUCGGAGAGUGAUGAUGAUAUCAAAGAAAUGUUGGCUUAUCUUCUUCAGAUUUUGUGAAAUUUCGUUACAAUUCUCUGAAUUUGUGUUCAAAAUACAGUUUGUUAAUUUAAAUAUUUAUAAGAUUUAUUACAAAGUGUUGCAUUAUCAUUUGGUCCAGGGUUUCAUUCAAUUAUUGUAAAAAAAAUCCAAGUUAAAAAACUUUCCUUCUGUAUGUCAUUUAGAUUUCCUACAUAAAAUGACACUUUAAUUCUCUUCCGGUUCAUACGAUUUAUUGUAGAACAAAUUAUUAUUAUUUAUCUAUUUCACAUGUCGUCGCAAUUACAAAAUUCUGUAGUAUAUUAAUAAUAGUCCGGUAUUCCUCAAUUGGGCAUAAAUAGUAUUUAAAAAUUAGUUAAAAUUUGGACACUGAAAAAAUAUAAUAAAAUUGGUGAAUCUUUUCGUA